AUGGCAAGUGACAGCAAGCCCCAUGUCGUUGAGACCGGCACUGUGCCGGCCGCUGCUGCCUCAAAGCCCAGUUUCGGGAGCCGCGUUGCGGCUCAUUUCAAGCGGUGGUGGUGGGUGCACCUCAUCAUCUUGAUUGUGGUGGUGCUGGUGGUGGUGCUGCCGGUAGUUUACGUUGGUUACCCCAAUAUCGCCCAGCAUGAUAUCAACAAGUCAACCUUGAAUAUCACUAGCAUGGCAAUCAGUGAUCCGACGCCCAAUUCCUUCCAUUUGCAAGAGACACAGGUUAUCGGGUCUAGCAGCGCCUUCAAGCCCAACAUCUACUCCUUCGGUGCCGCCAUCAGUCUUCUGGGCGGAGCUCCCUUCAUCACAGUUCAGAUUCCCAAAUUCAAAGCACAUGAUGGCGUCGAGGUCGAUGUCGACCAAGACGUUAACAUCACCGACGUGGCGGCAUUCACCGAGUUCAGCAAGGCGGUCAUGUUAAAUGAGGAGAUCCAGAUGAAUGUGUACGGCAAGGCUGAUCUGAAAGAGGGUAGCCUGCCCAAGACGAAGAUCACAUACAAUAAGACAACAACCAUCAAGGGUCUCAACAAGCUCAAGGGGUUCGAGCUAGUCGAUCUUACCAUCUCGACUUCUACGAAGAGUGGAAAUAAUGGCAAGGGGACCGUCUACAUCCCCAACCCUUCGCCCUUCACACUCACUUUGGGCAAUGUCACACUUGACCUAUCCGUCAAUGGCACUGCUAUUGGCCAAUCCUACCUGACCGACCUCACCAUCCGCCCCGGCAACAAUACCCUUCCCAUGACUGCCAACGUUAGCACCCUCACCGUGGCAGGCAUGCUUGGUAGUUAUCCCACUUUGAUGCUUCCCGUUGACAUCAUCGGCAAUUCGAGCGUCUACAACGGCGAGGAACUAACGUAUUUCGCCGACGCUCUAGCUGCUAACACACUCAGCGUAGAGCUGAACGUGACGAAGGCAUUGGGAGGUAUUCUUUAG